AGGUCGGCUGCUGUCUUCGGUGGGGUCGAAUAGGAUGAUGUCACCUGCAGUGAAAGGAAAUUGUUAAACUGAAUCCUUUUUGUAAAGAAGAAAGGGGAGGAAGAAAAAAAUAUGGACGUUGCUGUACGGAUGGGUGGAAUUUGUUGGAUGUGGGCACUCGUGCCUGACAAAAAGGUCUCCUCUUGAACUGCUAUGCUGCUUAUGGUGUGGGAACACCCGUAAUGCUGCUGGAAGGAGGGAAGGAAAGGAGGUGCAGCAUUUUGAACCAGCAACAAUGAAGAAUGGGCACCAUUUGCUGUGACAAGUAAAUAAAGAAAUAUGAACAUGGCCCCUCGAAAAAGAAGUAGUCGGGGUCUUUCCUUCAUAUUCUGCUGCUUUCGAGGCAGUGACCACCCAGAAAUCACAUACAGACUGAGAAAUGACAACAAUUUUGCAUUGCAGACAAUGGAGCCGGCAUUGCCCAUGCCUCCAACUGAAGAACUGGAUAUCAUGUUCACUGAACUUGUGGAUGAACUUGAUCUUACUGAUAAACACAGGGAAGCAAUGUUUGCACUUCCUGCAGAAAAGAAAUGGCAGAUAUACUGUAGUAAGAAAAAGGAGCAAGAAGAAAACAAAGGAGCUACAAGCUGGCCAGAGUUUUACAUUGAUCAGUUGAACUCUAUGGCAGUUAGAAAAUCGCUUAUCGCUUUGGAGAAAGAAGAUGAGGAAGAAAGGAAUAAAACUAUUGAGAGUUUGAAGACUGCACUGAGAACGCAACCAAUGAGGUUUGUUACCAGAUUCAUCGACUUGGAUGGCUUAACAUGCAUUCUGAACUUUCUGAAAAGUAUGGACUACGAAACAUCAGAAUCCCGAAUACAUACCUCUCUAAUAGGCUGCAUUAAAGCACUAAUGAACAACUCUCAGGGCAGGGCCCAUGUUUUGGCUCAUGUAGAGAGUAUUAAUGUAAUAGCUCAAAGUCUUACAACAGAAAAUAUAAAGACUAAAGUAGCAGUCCUAGAAAUUUUGGGUGCUGUGUGUUUGGUGCCAGGUGGUCACAAGAAGGUAUUGGAAGCAAUGCUGCACUACCAGAAAUACGCCAGUGAAAGAACACGCUUUCAGACUUUAGUCAAUGACUUGGACAGAAAUACAGGAAGGUACAAGGAUGAAGUGAAUCUCAAAACUGCUGUUAUGUCUUUCAUUAAUGCUGUUCUAAGUCAAGGAUCAGGGGAGGAAAGUCUUGAUUUCAGAGUUCAUCUCCGAUAUGAAUUUUUGAUGUUAGGUAUUCAGCCCGUUAUUGACAAAUUACGUGAACAUGAAAAUGCAACUUUAGAUAGGCAUUUGGAUUUCUUUGAGAUGCUUAGAAACGAGGAUGAAAUUGAACUAGCAAAAAGAUUUGAGAUGGUCCACAUCGACACGAAAAGUGCCACCCAAGUAUUUGAAUUGGUUAAGAAAAAAAUCAGUUAUACAGAUGCAUACCCGCACUUUAUGUCAAUUCUCCAUCAUUGUCUCCAAAUGCCAUAUAAGCGAAGUGGAAACACUGUACAAUAUUGGUUACUGCUUGAUCGAAUAUUGCAGCAGAUAGUUUUACAGAAUGAUAAAGGGCAUGACCCCGAUGUUACUCCUCUAGAAAACUUCAAUGUGAGGAAUGUUGUUAGAAUGUUGGUUAAUGAAAAUGAAGUCAAACAAUGGAAGGAACAGGCUGAAAAAAUGCGAAAAGAGCAUAAUGAGUUGCAGCAAAAACUAGAGAAAAAAGAGCGGGAAUGUGAAGCUAAGACACAAGAAAAGGAGGAGAUGAUGCAAACACUGAAUAAAAUGAAAGAAAAGCUGGAGAGAGAAUCUCAAGAGCACAAAGCUGCCAAGAAACAAGCAGCUGAUCUGAUGGCCCAGAUCCAGGAUCUAAGCAAUAGACCAAAAUAUUCUGGAGUUCCUGGUGGACCCCUUUCAACACUUGGAGCCCCAGGUGGUCCAAUACCACCACCUCUACUUCCCUCAGUAGGUGAUCAUCCUCCACUGCCACCACCACUGCCCUUAGGUGGAUCUGUGCUGCCACAACCACCCCCACCCCCACCCCCAGGUGGACCCCCUCCCCCUCCAGGUUUACCAUUAUUGGGUGGUGUGCCACCACCACCUGGAGCACCUUUGGGCCUCGGACUCAAGAAGAAAAAUAUUCCCCAACCAGGAAACCCUUUAAAAUCCUUCAACUGGUCCAAAUUACCAGAGAACAAACUUGUGGAAACAAUCUGGAUGGACAUUGAUGAUUUGAAAGUUUUCAAAGUACUUGACUUGGAAGACAUAGAAAAGACUUUUUCAGCUUACCAAAGGCAACAGAAAGAGACAGAUGCCAAUGAAGACGCAUUUAAUUCCACCAAGAAAGUGAAAGAACUAUCAGUAAUUGAUGGGCGAAGAGCCCAGAAUUGCAACAUUCUUCUAUCCAGGUUAAAGCUGUCCAAUGAGGAGAUUAAACGUGCUAUUUUAACAAUGGAUGAACAAGAGGAUCUACCUAAGGACAUGCUUGAACAGCUGCUGAAAUUUGUCCCUGAGAAAAGUGAUGUUGAUCUGCUAGAGGAGCACAAGCAUGAAAUUGAGCGCAUGGCAAAAGCAGAUAGAUUCUUGUAUGAAAUGAGCAGAAUUCCCCACUACCAGCAAAGAUUACAAUCCCUCUAUUUCAAGAAAAAAUUUGCUGAAAGAGUGGCUGAAAUUAAACCCAAAGUUGAAGCUCUCCUUUUGAGUUCCAAGGAAGUUCUACGAAGCAAAAAUCUGAAGGAGCUGCUGGAGGUGGUUUUAGCUUUUGGCAAUUACAUGAACAAGGGACAAAGAGGCAAUGCUUAUGGCUUUAAACUCUCUAGUCUCAACAAAAUCGCAGACACAAAGUCUAGUAUUGAGAAGAGCAUUACCCUUUUGCACUAUUUGAUUACAAUUUUGGAGAAGAAAUACCCAAAGGUGGUGAACAUACAUGAUGACCUGCAGAGCAUUCCUGAUGCAGCCAAAGUAAAUUUGAUUGAGCUGGAAAAAGAAUUCAGUAGUCUCAGAAAUGGUCUGAAGGCUGUUGAGAAUGAGCUGGAAUACCAAAAAUCACAACCUGCACAGUCUGGUGACAAGUUUGUCUCUGUGGUGAGUCAGUUUAUCACUGUGGCAAGCUUCAGCUUCUCUGAUGUGGAAGAUCUGCUGUCGGAAGCUAAAGAUCUGUUUCAUAAAGCUGUAAAGCACUUUGGAGAAGAAACUGGCAAAAUACAGCCUGAUGAAUUCUUUGGAAUUUUUGAUCAAUUCCUCCAAGCUUUUGCAGAGGCCAAACAGGAAAAUGAGAACAUGAGGAGGAAAAAGGAGGAGGAAGAACGAAGGGCAAAAAUGGAGGCACAGCUUAAGGAGCAACGUGAAAGAGAGCGCAAAGCAAAAAAGGCUAAAGAAGGCAGUGAAGAGGGAGGAGAAUUUGAUGACCUGGUGUCAGCCCUACGUUCAGGGGAAGUCUUCGAUAAAGAUUUCAAACUAAAGCGCAAUCGCAAGCGUGUCAUCAGCCAAGUAGAUGGUAGUCGAGAACGGCCAAUUACAAAGCUCAACUAUUAAGCCAUUGCCUGUAGUGCAGAAUCAUGGCUGUGUAGCAGCCAGCUUGCGUGUUACUGUCCUGUUGUGAUUACACUGAUAAUACUGCCGAUUGGCCCUAUAAAUGGCUGCUGUUCUUCAUAGUGGACGCCCUGUCCCUUUUUGUAGCUGGGUUUUGCAUGCACCACACUUAAUAAAAGAGAACUUUGUUUAUGUGGUGCUGAAGCACAUAAAACAUUUGAACA